UUUAUUCUAAUACUAAAGUGUUUAGAACUAUUUUAGAAAAAAAUAUAUAGCCAUUUUAAAGGAUAUGAAUGCAAUUACAAAAAAGACAAACUCGUUUAAUUGUUUGAUUUUUCGAUUAUAUUCUACAUUACAUCCUGAUAUAGUUGAAUCAAAACAACAAACUAAACUUGGUUAUAUUAAACACGAAGAUGGUACUGAAAGUAAAGAUAUGUUAGAAGGACAGCUUCAUGUUGGAAUUGUUAAUUUACCAGAGCAGUUGAAUGAAUCCUUAGAAGUUUAUUAUAAAAAUCAUCCUAGUAAGAGAAUUCGUGAGGAUGGCUUACGUCUCUCUCGUUACUUGUUAAAUCGCGGUCGACCAACCAAUUCAACCUGGUCCAAAUAUAAAUCAAAUCUUCAAGGGAGUGAUAAAAAACACAGUGAUGAUGAAUUUUCAUUAAAAGAUGCAGCAAAUGAAGGUUUAAUUCAUCCAGAUAUUGCAUCUGAUAUUUUUCAAGAAGGAGAGAACACAAGCAAUAAUGAAGAAAAACAUAGAAUUAUAAAAAAGCCACAUAAAGCUCAAUAUUCUGUUAUAAGAUAUGGAGGGAGAGAAACUUCUGCUUAUAUUGCAUCACAGUUACCUUCUGUUUAUGGAGCUACCUACCGUGCAUUACAUGAGAUUAAAAAACGAGUACCAGAAUACAAACCAAAAACACUUUUAGACUUUGGCUCAGGAUCUGGCAUGACUGUUUGGACUGCAAACCAAUUAUGGGGAAAUGAGAUAAAGGAGUACCAAUGUGUUGAUGCAUCUGAAAAGAUGAUAGAAGCUGCAGAGUUUUUAUUACGAGGAUCUGAUGACUUGAAUCAUCCUUUAAAGAUUCCAAAUGUCUUUUUCAAAAGAUUUUUGCCACUUUCAAACAAAGUUUUGUAUGACGUUGUUGUAUCUUCAUACUCUUUGACAGAAAUGCCUUUUCGUAAGCAAAGAUUACAAGCAAUCAAGAGUUUGUGGAAAAAAACAAACGAUUUCUUGGUACUCGUCGAACCAGGGAACAAUGAUGGUUUUGAAGCUGUUCUUUUAGCUAGACAAUUUCUUACUGAGGGAAAAUCUUCACUGAAUGAUAUGGAUACAUCGAGUACAAAAGAAUUUGCUUAUAAUGGCAUAUUCAAUGAGUUUGAUAUUCAUUUGAAUGACGAUUUUGAAGAUGGUCAUAUAUUUGCACCAUGUCCUCAUGAAAUGGUGUGUGCAAGAGCAUAUGUUGAAACAAGAGAUCAUCCUUGUAAUUUCACUCAAAAAGUUGAGCUUUCUUUUUCUCAAAAAUAUACAGAGUUAAAGCAAUAUGGUUACUACAACAAUUCAUUUUCAUAUGUAAUUUUACGGAAAGGAAAAGAAGCAAAAAAUUCAAAUGUUGAAGAUCGUAUCUGGACAAGAAUAUUAAAACCCAUCAAGCCAAAAGAUAAACAUAUCAUUUGUGAAUUAUGCAGCUCUAAUGGAAACAUUGAAAAGCAUAUUUUAACAAAAAAGAAAGAUCCGUUUAUUUAUAAAGCUGCUCGCCAUCGUUUAAAACAAGGCGAUAUGAUGCCACUGGAUGAAGCAAAGAGACCAAUGAAUAUUCGGAAACCAAUUAAACCUUGUAUUACUCCAGUUAUAACUGAUAACUUAUAAUAAA